UCGAUACUACACUGUUUCUUAUUUUAUCGCGAAGAUGGAAGGGACUAGAAUAAAAAGGGCAUCGUUUUAUGAACUCGUCAGGUCCUUUGAGAAAAGUUUAGGAUAUAAAAACGACAUAAAAUGGACCAGUUUUAUUGCAAUAACGCUAUACCACAUAUUAGGAGUCUAUUGGUGUUAUCAUUACGCAUUUCCUGUUAAAUGGCCAACUUUGGUCUUUGCUGCCAUAAUGUAUGUAGCAAGUGGUUUUGGAAUAACUGGUGGAGCCCAUAGAUAUUGGACGCACAAAGCUUACAAAGCGAAGCUUCCUUUAAAGCUGUUUCUUAUGGUGUGCUUCGCUAGCGCAGGUCAAAAUUCUAUAAAACAAUGGGUGCGAGACCACCGCAUCCACCACAAAUUCAGCGACACGGAAGCAGACCCACACAACGCGAACCGUGGCCUCUUCUUCUCACACAUCGGCUGGCUCAUGAUGAAGAAGAAUGACGAGGUCUUACAAGCCGGGAAACAAAUCGAUAUGAGCGACAUCGAAAAUGAUGUACACCUGCAGAUCUUUGAAAAAUAUUUUAACUACAUCAAGCUUGUUUUCUGCUACAUUUUGCCGACUACUAUUGGAAUCUGGCUUUGGGGCGAGGACUGGCGCUGCUCCGUCGCCUGGCAGUGCUUCAUCAGGUUUCUUACCAUGUUCCACAGUGAGCUGACUGUCAACAGCCUCGCACAUGCUUAUGGAUAUAAACCAUACAACAGGAAUAUAAUACCAGCAGAGAACCGCUUCGUCGCUACAUGCACAUUAGGGGAAGGUUGGCACAACUAUCAUCAUGCAUUCCCUUUUGAUUACAAGGCAGCAGAGCACUUCGAUUUCCUCAAUUUUGGGACGUGGUUCAUUCAAUUCUUUGAAAAGAUCGGUUGGGCUUAUGAUUUGAGACAAGCCACUCCCGGAAUGAUCAAUUCUAUAGCCAAACGAUUGGGUGAUGGGACCCCUGUACAUUUUCCAACAUCCGAAUGUGUAGAAUAAAAGCAAUAACAGUUAUUAUUUUUUUAUGAGAGGAUGAAAAGAGAAGUUUACACGAUUAUUAGAUUUUAUUUAUA